UAUCUCCUGCCUGAGGACAUAAAAGCCUCUCCCAGCCUCCUGAGGGUGGAAGAGGAGGAGAGCACAAGAUGAGAGAGAUGAAGCUGUUCCUGCCCCUCACAGGGUUCCUGAUUGCAUUGCUCCUGCCCCCAUUGUUGGUGGGCACCUCCCCUGACAUCCCUGAGGUGGUGGAUGACUCUGUGGUGCUGAACAGCAUGGAAGAGGCCAAGAAACUAGUGGACAAAGCCUACAAGGACAGGCGAGAAAGAAUUAAGGAGAAGAUGAGGAGUGGGACAGCGAGUGCCAGGGACCUCAUGUCCUAUAUCAAGCAGCCAAUGGCAGGGACCCGGACAGCUGCUAGAGCUGCUGACUACCUGCAUGUAGCUUUGAACCUACUGGAGAAGAAGUUUCAGCCAUGGCACCGGCACCGGGGACCCUUCAACAUCACAGACCUGUUGACCCCUCCCCAACUGGAGCUACUGUCAAAAGCCAGUGGCUGUGCCUACCAGGAUGUAGGGGUAAAGUGUAAGGACAAGGACAAGUACCGUACCAUCACAGGAAAAUGCAAUAACAGGAGGAGGCCUACCCUAGGAGCAUCUAACAGGGCCUUUGUACGCUGGUUGCCCGCUGAGUAUGAGGAUGGUGUCUCUCUCCCCUUUGGGUGGACAGCGGGGACAAACAGAAAUGGUUUUCCUGUUCCUCUGGCCCGAGAAGUCUCCAAUCGAAUUGUGCGUUUCCCCAAUGAGAAGCUGACACAAGACCAGGAAAGGGCUCUCAUGUUCAUGCAGUGGGGCCAAUUCAUAGACCAUGACCUGGAUUUCACCCCUGAGCCUGUCCUGACUGAGAACUGUGAGCAAAGCUGUGCACAGCAGCCUUCUUGCUUCCCCCUCAAGAUCCCACCUAAUGACCCCCGGAUCAGCAACAGGAGUGACUGCAUCCCCUUCUUCCGUUCCUGCCCGGCCUGUACAGAGGGCAACAUCACUAUCCGCAACCAGAUCAAUGCACUAACUUCCUUCCUGGACGCCAGCAUGGUGUAUGGCAGUGAGGACCCCCUUGCUCACCGCCUCCGGAACACUUCCAGGCAUCUAGGACUGUUGGCUGUGAACUCUCAGUUCAAAGAUAAUGGGAGGGCUCUCCUGCCCUUUGACAGCCUCCAUGAUGACCCUUGUCUGCUGACCAAUCGUUCCGCUCGCAUCCGAUGUUUCUUGGCAGGAGACAGCAGGUCCAGUGAGAUGCCUGAGCUGACAUCUAUGCAUACACUCUUCCUUCGGGAGCACAAUCGGUUGGCUACACUGCUGAGGCGUAUGAACCCCCGAUGGGAUGGAGAAAAACUGUACCAGGAAGCACGGAAAAUUGUUGGGGCUCUUGUCCAGAUCAUCACCUAUCGAGAUUACCUCCCCCUGGUGCUGGGGCCUGCAGCGCUGAGGAAGUACUUGCCUACUUACCGGGGCUACAAUGACUCUGUGGAUCCACGAAUUUCCAAUGUCUUCACCAAUGCCUUCCGCUAUGGCCACACCCUUAUCCAGCCCUUCAUGUUCCGUCUGGAUGCUCAGUACCGCCCCACUGGGCCCAACCCUAGGGUCCCACUCAGUCAAGUUUUCUUUGCCAGUUGGAGGGUUGUGAAGGAAGGUGGCAUUGAUCCGAUUCUCCGAGGGCUCAUGGCCAACUCAGCCAAACUGAACCGACAGAAUCAAAUUGUGGUGGAUGAAAUCCGGGAUAGGUUGUUUAAACAGGUCAUGAGAAUUGGCCUGGACUUACCUGCUCUCAACAUGCAGCGUAGCCGGGACCAUGGCCUUCCAGGGUACAAUGCCUGGAGAAGGUUUUGUGGGCUCCCUCAACCCAAAACAGAAGGUGAACUGACUACAGUGCUGAAGAACCGAGACCUAGCCAAGAAACUGAUGACUCAGUACGGUUCUCCUGACAACAUUGACAUCUGGAUGGGGGGUGUGGCAGAACCCCUGGAGCCCAAUGGCAGGGUGGGGCCCCUCCUGGCAUGUCUCAUUGGGACCCAAUUCAGAAAACUCCGAGAUGGAGACAGGUUUUAUUGGGAGAGUGCUAAUGAAUUUAGCCGACAGCAGCGAAGAGCAUUGGCCGGUAUUAGCUUAUCCCGUAUCAUCUGUGACAACACGGGCAUCACCUUGGUGCCUAGGAAUAUCUUCAAGGCCAACAAAUUUCCCAAAGAUUUUGUCAACUGCAGCACAAUACCUCAGAUGGACCUGUCAGCAUGGAGAAACAAGAUUGAGUGAUUGGAAAUCUGUCCUGAGCCCUACUCCCCUUAGGGACCAAGGAAAUGUAAGAGGGGAGUCUCCAUCCUUACCUGAAAUUGUCAGACAUCUGCUCCCAAUCAGGCUAAGGCCCCAGGAUCUCAGGCCAGAGAAGGCUUUGGCA